GUUGGGUCGGAGAGCUCUGAAUUCACUUUGGAUUUAGGCGGUAAAUAUUCACAUUAUGGUACGCUGAAGCCAGGACCCAAGAUUUGUGACCUUGACCUAUUACCAGACUCCUCUGUGCAACAAAACAUCCAGGGCAAUCAUCAUCAUCAGCAACAGCAGCAGCAGCCGCCGCCGCAGCAGCAGCAGACACAGGACGACAGCGCCAGAAGCAGUCCGGUAUCUGUCUGCAAUUCAUCUAUAGCAUCUGACCUUGAUCUUGGCCACGGGAUCAGGAGGGCGGAGUCGUGCGAGAGUGUGGCCUCAGACUCCAGUAUCGGGCAGAUCGAGUUCGCUCUACAGUACGACAAAGAAGCCAGUGAGUUGAUCAUCAGUAUAUACCAGUGCCGGGAUUUGACCCCCAACCCCUACACUGGUACGCUGGACACGUUCGUCAAGGGAAUCCUCAUGCCCGGCACUGACAGCAAGUUUCAGACAAAAACCGUCAAGAACACCACAGACCCAGUCUACAAAGAACGGUUCGUGUUCUCCGUGGAGCCAGAACAUCUGCUGGGCAAGCUGCUGCAGCUGCAGGUCUUCUCUGUGGACAAGUACGCCCGUCAGAAGGUCAUCGGCGAGGCAGACGUCAGGGUCGGUGACAUUGACCUUCACCUGCCCAUGAAAAUGUGGUUCAAUCUGCGAGACAUCGAUGAGAAGCCCACGGAGUAUGGGGACAUCCUGUUCUCUCUGAGUUAUCUCCCUACAGCCGAAAGGCUCACUGUGGUGAUUGUCAAGGCCAGAAGUUUGCGGUGGAGGAAUGGGAAAGACGCCGGAGAUCCAUUUGUGAAAGUCUACCUGCUUCACAACGGCAAGAAGAUCAGCAAGAAGAAAACCUCAGUCAAGCGAGGAGAGAAAAACCCCAUCUUCAACGAGGCGAUGAUCUUCUCUGUCCCAGCUUCAGCCUUGCCGAGUGUUCAGCUGCGUAUCACAGUAGCCGAAUACCAGUCUGAGAACAAGACGCCAUCUUUAGGUCAUGUGAUUAUUGGAGCCAACACUUCCGGCACAGAGUCCACACAUUGGAAUCAGAUGAUGACGUCACUGCGAAAACCAGUUGCCAUGUGGCACUUCCUGAGAAAAUAG